CCCAUUUUCUUUGACAAUGAAAUUUGGGGUUGAGAGGAACAUUAUUUGAUUCUCCCUUUUUUUAACUAUAAAUUCCUGCCUACUCUCUAACCCAAAGCAAAGCUAACCCAGGUAUCUCUCAUUUUACUCAGAAAUGGGGUCAGCUAAGGGAGAUUUCAUGGUAUCAGUGGGCAAAAAGGAGGUGGUGGCAGCGGCUCUUCCAUUCCAAGAGCACUGGCUGCCACUCACCAACCUGGACUUGCUUCUGCCACCACUUGAUGUUGGACUUUUCUUCUGUUACAAGAAACCAACGAUGAGUUUCGGUUCCAUGGUUAGUGUUCUGAAGAAGGCCUUGGCUCAAGCUCUUUUGUCCUACUACGCUUUUGCUGGGGAGGUCGUGACAAACGCUCUGGGGGAGCCUGAGCUUCUCUGUAACAAUCGAGGUGUCGAUUUCAUUGAGGCUUAUGCAGAUAUUGAGCUUGAAAACCUCAACUUGCAUAACCCUGAUGAGAGCAUUGAAGGCAAAUUCGUACCCGAAAAGAAACAUGGUGUGCUCUCAAUUCAGGCAACUGAACUUAAAUGUGGGGGUAUAGUGGUGGCAUGCUCCUUUGAUCAUCGAAUUUCUGAUGCCUACUCAACCAACAUGUUUCUCGUGUCAUGGGCUGAAAUAGCUCGCUCGAAGCCGGUUUCGGUUGUACCAUCCUUUCGUCGAUCUCUGCUGAACCCGAGACGCCCUGGGCGCUUUGACCCUUCCCUUGAUGAGAUGUACGUGCCAAUACCCUCGUUGCCACCCCCGGAAGAGUUCCAUGAACCUACUGAUCAUCUCAUCAGUCGCAUUUAUUAUGUUACUGCUGACAAACUCAAUGAGCUUCAGUCGCUUGCUUCCUCCGACGGACACAACAGGACCAAGCUUGAGUCUUUUAGUGCAUUUUUGUGGAAAAUGGUGGCGACUGUAGCCACCCAAGAUGGAGACAAGAUAUCAAAAAUGGGGAUUGUUGCGGAUGGGAGGUCAAGGUUAGGUGAAGGAGACCAAGAUAAAGCAACUCUCAUGGGUUCUCAUUUCGGGAAUGUGCUAUCCAUUCCGUACGGAUCCCAGACAGUGGGUGAACUUGUUGAGAAGCCUGUGACUUGGGUGGCAAAACAGGUUCAUGAUUUUUUAAAACCUGCGACGGACCAGGAACAUUUCCUGGGACUGAUUGAUUGGGUUGAAGCUCACCGCCCUGAGCCUGCAAUGACAAGGGUAUACUGCGUGGGCAAGGACGAUGGGCCAGCUUUGGUGGUGUCAUCAGGGCAACGUUUCCCAGUUUCAAAAGUGGAUUUCGGAUGGGGCAGCCCCACGUUUGGGUCAUACCAUUUCCCAUGGGGUGGGCUUUGUGGAUACGUUAUGCCGAUGCCCAGUCCGGCGGGAGAUGGUGACUGGGUGGUCUAUAUGCACCUCUUGAAAGGGCAGUUGGAGCUAAUAGAAGAGCAAGCUGCAAAUGUGUUUAGGCCCUUGACUUUUGAUUAUCUUACAAAGGUUUCCUCAAACUAGGUUUAUCAUUUAAUCAUAUAUAUGUAAAGUUUGCAGACUGAUUUGCUUAAGAUUCA